UUUUCGGGGUCAAAUUUCAGCUAGGGGCGGAACUAACAGCGAAUCCACUAGCAAGCAGAGAUCCGCUAUAAGGAUAAACAACAGUCUGUACAAUAUUAAUCUAUUUACAAGUGUCUUCUCUGUAGACUUCAUUUAAUACAGGAUAAGCAAAUAUGGCGGAAGAAAGUGAGAUGGUGGGAAUUGUCUCUAGUGCCCUUAACACAGAGGGUGAAACAGGAAAUCUAGUGGAGGUGAAGUUUCAGAAAAACCCCAGUCAAGCCAAGAAGUACCUAGAAGCAGAACCAAAAGCAUUAGGGGUAACACAGAUUAUGCUGAGUCUCUUUUUCUUGUGUGCCUUAUAUUUGAAUUGGAAUUUUCAUUAUUUCUACCCUCCAGCCAUCAUCAGCGCUACCUUUUCUACACCUGGCAUAAUAGCUGGUAGUGUGGCGAUAGCAGCACAGAAUCUUCACCUUCCUACACUGAAGGCCUGCUUGGGAAUGCAGAUUGUGGCAUGUGUGUUUUCAGUGUUCUGCUUUAUCCUCACUUGGGGGCUAAUGUCAGAUAAUUCCUGGAUUCAUUUUUGUUGGGAGGACAAUGGCACAAUGUGUGAAAGACUGUGGUCUAUCUAUGAGCAUAUCACAGGAAUAGGGAUGCUUGUGCAGGCGACUCAGAUUGCUCUCUCUGCCACUUUGGCUGCCUUCUGCUGCAAAGUAAUUCAAUGCUGCUCACCAAGGACCAAUGUGCCUGUUAUUGUGGUGAGCACACCCUCGGGUCCACAGUGAUGGCAGAGUCACAACCCAUUUAACUACAGCUUUGUUUUUACACACAUACAUUACAAAUGUACUUAAAUGUACUAAUAUUUACGUAUGGUUACAUGUAUACAGCCUAAUAUACACAGAGCACCCUGAGUUAGAAUGAUAGAAUAUGUUAAAAUAGCCUCAUUAGUACUUAAUUUGUAUAAUUUCUCUUAAAAAGGUAUAGGUAAUUUUUUUUUUGCCAUUUUCAAAACCAGAUAUAAAGUAUGGUCUUAAAUAUAUGCUUGAGUAAGAUUACCACGUCUUGAGCAUUGGGUGUGGGAAUGGGGGACGUCCACUAAUGUAAUGUUGUCUGCUUUAUUACUAACUGAUGUAUACCCUAUUCUAAACAAGACAAAUUCUAUUAUUUGGAGAAUGCAGACAUGUUCUGAGAUUACUUAUUUGCUUAAGUAUUAAGUAUUUGUGUAUGAUUUGAUAAAUGUUUAAAAAUUAUUCAAUGGGUUCAAAAUUUACUUGGUCUCUCACACACUCACAAUCAUACAGUUUACUGUGUGUGACAUAAAAAUAAAAUUGAAUUUCUUUGAAUAGAUGUAGAAAAGGGAAAAUAUAAAAAUGUAAUAUUAAGGAUAUAAAAGAAAGAUGGCAGCAAUAUUAUGGAUUAAUAAAGUGGAUAUAUGUGCA